AGUCGCGUAGGCUAUAGCCUAGAAUACUUUUUCAGCUCAGUGAAAUACAUAUUGUUUCCAUUGUUUACGAUGUGAAAGAUUUAGCUACAACAUACUUCUUACCGCCAUAUCAGAUGUUUGCUGGAUCUAUUUAGUAGCACCCAAAUGAAUACACGUCUGUCGCACGCUCAAACCUGCCAAACCAACUCUCUCUCAACAUUUUAUGCGGCAAUUCUAGUCUAGCAAAAUAACAACCAAAACGAUUUAGGGUGCAUUUUUUAAGGAUAGUAGCAAGCUAAUGUUCAUCUCUCCACAUAUCUGCUUCCGCGCGAUGAAACCACGCAUGUGUUGAUCUGUGCUGCAGCAACGUGCAUCCGUUCCUCUUUGACCCCAGAGUUAAUCUGCAUUCAGACUGACGAUCCAAUAUAUUUCUAAGAUUUGGGAUAUUAGGCUAUUCCGGAACCGUUGUAUUUAUGUAGUUUUUACUAUUAUUUCGUAUGAUCGGUCAAGCUUGCUUCGAUUCAAUCAGUUUUGUGACCGUUUUCCUCAACACUGCAGCAGGUCUACAUUUUCCCGAACCGAAUGCUAACGCGCGCCGCUUAUGCUAUUUGCGUAAUGUAUCACAGUGAGGAUAGACAGUAAAUAAGGGGACCCGUCCAUCUGCAAUAAAGAGGAAAAGAAGAUGGUGAUAAUGGCUCCUACAAAUUUAGCAUCUAAAUGCUCGACAGCGAUGGCGAAUGCUUCCUUCCCCGUGAAGCUAUUUCUCUGGGUGUUUUUAUUCGUUAAUCUUCCUACAAGCUCCAUCCAGACUGAAAACGACGAUGAUGAAGUGACAAACAAAACUUGGGUGUUGACUCCCAAAGUGUACGAGAGCGAUGUCACCAACAUCCUAAACAGCCUACUAGAUGGCUACGAUAACAAACUGCGACCAGAUAUAGGAGUCAAACCAACCGUGAUCCACACAGACAUGUUUGUCAACAGUAUCGGCCCAGUAAAUGCUAUCAAUAUGGAGUACACCAUCGACAUCUUUUUUGCCCAGACGUGGUAUGACCGGAGAUUGAAGUUCAACAGUACCAUGAAGGUCCUGCGUCUCAACAGCAACAUGGUGGGCAAGAUCUGGAUCCCCGACACCUUCUUUCGCAACUCCAAGAAGGCCGAUGCCCACUGGAUCACCACGCCCAAUCGCAUGCUUCGGAUCUGGAACGAUGGACGGAUACUCUACACACUGCGGUUGACUAUUGAUGCCGAGUGCCAGCUUAAACUGAACAACUUUCCAAUGGAUGAGCACUCCUGUCCCCUGGAGUUUUCAAGCUAUGGCUACCCCAGAGAGGAGAUAGUGUACAAGUGGAAGAGGAGCUCCGUGGAGGUGGGAGACAUCCGCUCCUGGAGGCUCUACCAGUUCUCCUUUGUUGGCCUGAGGAACACCUCCGAGAUCGUCAGGACCGUGUCAGGAGACUACGUUGUUCUGACAGUCUUCUUCGACCUGAGCAGGAGGAUGGGUUACUUCACCAUUCAGACCUACAUCCCCUGCACCCUCAUCGUUGUCCUCUCCUGGGUCUCCUUUUGGAUCAACAAGGAUGCUGUACCUGCUAGAACAUCCUUAGGCAUUACCACUGUGCUGACCAUGACUACGCUGAGUACCAUAGCCAGGAAGUCGCUGCCUAAGGUAUCCUACGUGACGGCCAUGGACCUCUUUGUGUCCGUGUGCUUCAUCUUUGUUUUCGCCGCUCUGAUAGAGUAUGGAACACUGCACUACUUUGUGAGCAACAGGAAGCCAAGCACAAAAAAGGACAAGAAAAAUAAAAACCCGCUCCUCCGGCUCUUUUCCUCAAAGCAGACACCUACGGUGGACAUACGCCCUCGCUCAGCCACCGCCAUCCAGAUGAACAACGCCACCCACAUGCAGGAGCGGGAUGAGGAGUAUGGCUACGAGUGCCUYGACGGCAAGGACUGCACCAGCUUCUUCUGCUGUUUCGAGGACUGCCGCUCCGGGGCCUGGCGGCAUGGGCGGUUGCARAUCCGUGUCGCCAAGAUAGACUCGUACGCUCGCAUCGGUUUCCCCACCGCUUUCGGUCUCUUUAACCUGGUUUACUGGAUCUCCUAUCUCUAUCUCUAGAUCCAGCGUGUAGCCAGACUUAGAAUAUACGUUCUGCUCCAACUAGACCAUUUUUCAGAAGGGGACCCACUGAAAUGUUUUCCUUUUGUUUCUGUUUGAUUUUAUAUGUUUGUUCAUUCAUAUUUCUCAUAAUUUCUUUAUAUGGUUGAAGCAAAAGUUGUAGCAAAACCAUUAGGCAUGCAGGGAUCUGGAGUCCGAUAGUGAAACUACGACUGCGCUUUGGGUAAGGCAAGAACCUAAGUUCACCGUAGUGAUUCUGCAUGACUACAUUUUCCAGAUUCCCCUUGAUCAGAUAAUUGGUUUAUGUAGAAGGUAAUCACAAUCAGGGCCGCUUCAAUGUUUUUUUUGUGUCUGCCCUUAGUCAGUAUAUUAGAUCACAGUAAACAUUUUCACAGUAAACAAACGUCAUUCAAACUGAAAAAGUAUUAAGGCAUGUUCCCGUUUUCUUGCAUUAACGAGUCACGCAUGCGCUGUAGAAGACAAACGGAAGAUUUGACAUCAGCUUACUUUCCCAUCUUUUAAAAUAUGUAUUCAUUUAUUGCUGUAUUCCAUCCAUCCAAAAUACAAAAUAAGCUAAAUCUAAAGCACUUUAAUAGAUAUAUAGGUUGAACAGUAAGUAUGAUUUUCAAUGAUAAUUUGAUAGCUAGGUUUCUUUUCAUCUAACUGUAAAACAUUACUUUUACACAGUUAAACAUACAUUUUUUAAUGUGCGGUCAGAGCGCUAGAAAAUACUGUUUAUGGUCAAUGGUCAACUGUACAGACACUGUAUAUAUUUUAUUAUUAGGUAGUGGUUUACAUUUAUUGCAUGCACCUUUCAGGCCCAAAAUCAACACAUGUUUUAAAGGGGCAAUCCACAGUUGCUACAUCCAUUUUCUGACAUAUAAAUUAAUGAUAUUCUCAUUGAUAAUUGAAGAAUAGAACUUAUAAAGGCCUCAUGAGCUUACUUCAACUGUCCUACCCCAUCACAACCCAGCAUAUAAGCUUGUUUUACUCCAAUGUUUGUAAACAUUGUAAAUGUAAACAAACACUGUAUAGCCUCCAUAAUUUAGAUUUCAUGGAUGGUCAGUCUUUGCGUCAAUAACUCUGUCUAUACAUUUUUUACCAAGACAAGAGGUGGGGUGUCCGUUUGUUAUUGUUUAAACUGUGGAUUGCCCCUUUAAGGUCGUCUAUUGUUGGCUAUGGAUACAAAAAAAAGAACAACGGCUGAUUAUCCAUCUGGAUUUCGUCUUACUUUUUAGGAAAAGUAGAAAAUGAGACAAUAAAGUCAGAUUUUGUCUUAUAAAUGAACGUUCAUCUCUACCAAUAUGUAUUACAAGAGGAUCAAUCCAGACCUUACAGGAAAAACGUUGUUAUAUCAACUGUUAUUAACUUGUAGACUGCUCUGAGAAACUCUUCCCUUUCAAACACUUUGCUAUUGGUGGCUAUCUUCAAUUGACACACACGUAUGGCUGUGCUGGCUCCUUUGGGAAGUGUGUAGAUAAGAAAUAGGCAUCAAAAACAAAUGUAUGGUUUUCUUACAUCAAAACAUAUUUUCUUCCAUCAAAACAUAUUCUGCGCCCUUUCUCUCCCCCACAACCACUUGGUGGAAGUGAAUAUCAUGCAAACACAGCAAGCAGUGUUUUACUUCAUUCAGCUGGCACAUGGAGUGUCUGGAAGCGGCUGUAGUUCUGAAUGCAUACACCCAUCAACAUGCCAAAACUCUCAGUGACAGAAAACACACUCCCAUUUGUCAUAAGACUGAACUGCAUUACUUAGUCACUGCAUUAAAACAGGAUCCAUUCCAUCUGUCUCAAUGGGUGGUUUAGAGCGACUUAAGGCGAAAACAAACCAUUUAACUUGAGGAAUAUCGAUGAACAUGACAGCUCCAUGGAGAAGAAAGCAUCUGCUUGUGACCAGACCAGAUGCAUAAGCCUUACUCUCUUUGAAGAGAAACACUGUGGAAAUUACAAUGAUCUGACGCUGAAAAUUUAUUGAAAGAUCUGGGAGAAGUUCAGGAAUUUAUUUUUUGGUUGUUUUUGUUUUUUCUGUGUUUACAAUGGAUCAUUGCAUCAUUAACGUGUCAAUACAGCAUUACUCAUUGAUAGUGUAGCACAUUGUGAAUGUCAACAUAAGUACUCAAACGAUUUGUGCUUCACAUCAUAUGCUAAUGGAACGCUUACAAUGCAACUUAUGGGGUAUUUGUAUACCCAAAUCAUGGCCAACCUGUUCCAAAAGAGUACCUUAGCUAAAGGCAGCCAGAGGAUGUUAAAGCAGUGCUUUAAUCUAAAUCAGGGCUUCCCAAACACGGUCCUGGGGCCUCCCAUGGGGGCACGUUUUGUUUUCUGCCCUAGCACUACACAGCUGAUUUGAAAUAUCUCAUCAUCAAGCUUUGAUUAUAUGAAUCGGCUGUGUAGUGCUAGGGCAAACAUCAAAACGCGCACCCCUGGGAGGACCCAGGGCCAAGUUUGGGAAACCCUGAUCUAAAUGAAUAAGUCAUUUUACUGUACAUAUUGUAAAUCACAUGAUAUUAUGUACAUAGUAGAUCACAAAAGGAAACAAACACUUAUCAAACCCUUCAAGUUUUGAAAGGGGCAAUGAUAUGUUGUAUUUUCUUCAUUUAUCCCCUUUCAUUGAUAUCAUUAUUAUCAUUGUAUUAUGCUGGACUGUGUGGGAUAUUGUAGGGCAGGUGUAUUCAACGAGGUCCGGAGCCUGCUGGUUUUCUGUUCUACUUGAUAAUUAAGAGCACCCACUUGGUGUCCCAGGUCUAAAUAAGUCCAUGAUUAGAGGGGAACAAUUUUAAGAAAGGAGUGGAACUGGCUUUGAGGUCCAGAGUAGAGUUUGAGUGUUGUAGGGUAUUUUUCAAGGAAAUUGUUGCGUUUCCCUAUUUAGAAAGCCCUCAACGAAACAGAGAUGGAGAAUGUCCUUUGUAAGCAAUAUCAAAGAGACACAAUUUCGUUCUAUAAUGAAUUUAUCUUGUUGUUGUUGUAUGUUCUAUGUUGUGGUCUACAUAGGCUCUAAAAACCAGUUGUAGUCAGUUCACUGAAUGGUAUGACUAAAAAGGUAGGUGGCGAAGUUUCUUAUUAACCAGCCUCAAUUGACAAUAUCUUUUCAGACAUUCAACUGUGAUGUUAGCUACUCCCUGAGGUACUGAACAGAUGUGCUACUCUAGUCUAAAGUGACCGUCAGAGUUUCUGCAUUCAAUUGUAAAGUUUCUUAGCAACAACUGUACUACCCAUUGUCAUGAACUGUACUACCCAGUUGAAUGAAGUGGAAAGUGAGUGGAAUUUGAAGCUCUUCCCCUUGUGCAUUCACUAGUGGUCCUCUAUUUUGUACCUGUUGCGAAGCUAUCACUCAGUACAAGGUUUUGUCUUAAGGGUGUGUGUUUUUUCUCUCACUUGAACAGAAAGGAAUGGAUUUUUGUUGGCCACUUGAUAGUUUACUUCAGUUGAAAUGUAGAGGAAUGUAAGGGUGUGGAAGAACAACUUUAAGUGCCAAACUUUGACACAAAUGUGAUACAUCCAUUCAGAAACCCAUGGUAUUCAAUGAUCUCUUAAUCAAAACAAACUGUUGUUUUGCACUGGAUUUUUGAGAAAUAUGUGUGAAUGGGAGAAACGCGUUUUGUGUUCUUAGAGAAAUAAUAUUUAACCGAUAUAAUUUACUAUUAACACAUACAGCAUGAGACAUUAUUUGUAUACCUUCAUUUGUCAUUAUUCAAUUUCACAGACGCUGUUAUCCAGAUCAACUUGCAGUAGUGAGUGCGUACACUUUCUGUACUGGUCCCCUGUGGGAAUUGAACCCUGGUGUUGCAAGUGCAAUGCUCUACUAACUGAGCCAUACGGAACAUUAUCUCAUAACAUUAUCUCAUGGUCUAUGGCUUAUGAACAAAUAUCAAAGCACAAGGACCAAACCGUGCAUUAGCUUUAUCUUAAUGCCUCUGUCUCAGAGACACACUUUAAUUAAUUCAAGUAUAACCUUUGAAAAAGAGAAUGAGUUAGCAUCUUUUUUUGUUUGUUUGUAAGAAAGGCUGAACGAGCACAUUCAGAAAGUAGAGAUGUUUUUAACUGUGAGAAAGUAGUUACUGAGGUAUCAAGUGUAUGUAUGUGGUUUAUGAAUACCCAAUGACCAACCAGUCAUAUUGAACGGUGCUGGCAUACAAAAUUUGAUUAUUUAUAUCAACUAUUUAAAUGUUGCUUUACUAUACACAAAAAAACAUUAUAUUGUAUUUUUGUGAUUUCUUUAUUUUCUUAUGUUAGUUUACACACAUACGGUAUGGUACAUACAGUAUUACACAUAGUUAAAGGUUUUGGGAAUUCUCCUCGUACUUGGAAGGAGAUAAUCAUAAAAGAUAGUGUGCACACGAUAUAUAGGUCAAUCACAAAUAUGAAUAUAUUUAACAUUUUAGGUAAUGUGGUAUUACUCAUCUUAUUUUAAUUUGGCAUCCAUCUAUUCGACCAUCUCAUGACCUAAUUUAGGUUAGAGGAAGACAGAGCAUUCAAGGAUAAAAGCAGACAGAGAUAUUUUAUUUUGGGGAAACUACAAAUAUGACCUAUGUGAAGAGCACAUGUAAAUAAUUUCUAUAGUUAUAUACUUUGUCAGACUGGAGAAAAAAAAAAUAUACCAGUCAAAAGUUUGGACACAGCUACUCAUUCCAGUUUUUUUUGUUUUU